UUCUUUUUUUAAUGACAUGAACUUGAAAGCCUACGAAGAUCAAAUUAUCCACAAGGUGUUCGAAUGAAAAACAUCGUAUUUCCUCGCUGGUGAUCGAUAACUCCAUAAAACUUCCGGUGAAGUCCCCUUGUUGUUGUUAUAUACGGCACUUCGACCCUUUUUUAUUCGCGUAUGUGUGUAAAAGUUUCGUAAUGAAACCAUCAACUGUAAAAGAUUUCAACACAAAUCAUAUAUAAGCAAGAGUAUUUAUUAGAGUAUGUCUUGGAUAUAAACUGCCUCCUGUAAGCUGUAGGAGUAGCAGUGACCACGUUGCUACCAACAACAAAUAUGGCGGCCGCACACAAAGUUUGAAGAAAACGAUAAGAUUGAGUUGCGUGGACUUAAAUCUAAAACAAAUGGCAGCUUCCAUGAAGGGGCUUUCGCCAGAGCUGCGAAAGUACUUAAGAGUCAACAAACUGCCUGAUAUAUACGAAGCGCUAAUCACUGGACUGGCCAUUAUGUGUCCAGCGGAUCCACUUCAGUUUAUUUUAGACAAGCUUCAAUUUCUCAAGGAGAAUGGUCUGGACAUUUUACAGUGGGACAUUUUUAUAGAUGAAAGUAUGCGACCACUCCAAAGGGUGAUCACUGAAAGCAAUCUUGACUUCAUCUUUAAUUACGAAGAAUGGCUCAUGCCAUCACCAGAAAUGUAUGCUGCAGCAUAUGGACAUUACAACCUAAAACUGAAGGAGAUGUGCUUCUGUUCCUGGAUGCAGUAUUUUUUGGUGUGCAAGAGGAAGACAGAGACUCUCAACAAGAAAUUGUCUAUGGCAAGUAUGCAUCAUACCCACCGUAUGCUGAGGGUGCAUAUUCAAGCAUGGAAGGCCUGGAUGAAAUAUAGGAAGGGGCGACAAGCAAUGUCCUAUCAGAAGAUUCAGCAUGUGUUUUAUGUAUGUGUUGGGCGCAUUGUGUUUGAGGCAUGGCAUAAACACACCCUUGAGGCACGCAGACAGCGAGAAUACUUUGAGAUGAGCCUUUCGAAGUGGCAGAGGCUAGAGAGGGGUGAAAACAUGGAAGACGAGGACCUGUUUGGUCAGGGCACAGGAGAAGCUCGUGACAGUAUCUCUUUGCUCCCUAAGAAAAUAGCAAUCCAGGUGUUUAGUUAUGUAGACAUUGCAGACCUAGCUAACUGUGCAUGCGUAUGCCGCUCCUGGAAAGUUAUCACGCAGUCAGGGGCUCUGUGGAGCCGGAUGAAUUUCUUUGAAGUUCAGAAAAGACUGAAGGAUGGAGUAACAGACAAGGUAGCUGCACGACUAUUGUACAAGGCGAGACCAUACUUAAUUCACCUUAAUCUGCGUGAAUGCCAGCAUCUGAAACAGGCAACAUUUGUCUCAGUCAGCCAGUGCCGCAAUAUCCAAGACUUAAAUCUCUCUGGCUGCCUGGGCCUUGAUGAUGACACCCUGAAACUGAUAACCAAAGGCUGCAAGAUUUUGCUGUACCUCAACAUCUCCCACACCAGUUUGACAGAUGCCUCGCUCAGAGCCGUUGCCAAGUAUUGUGUGAACCUGCAGUAUAUCAGCCUGGCAUUCUGCAAUAAGUUCUCCGAUCGUGGUUUGCAUUACCUUUCUAACGGAAAGUGCAGCAAAAAGUUGGAAUACCUAGACUUGUCAGGCUGCCUGCAGGUGACCCCUCAAGGAUUCCAGAACCUGGCCAGUGGAUGCAUUAAUCUCACAACCCUUAUCUUAGAUGACUUUCCAACACUUAUGGAUGAUAGCAUCAUAAUGAUGACAGAGAAGUGUCACAAAAUCCACACUGUCUCAUUCCUGGGCUCCCCACUGCUCACAGACGAGUCUUUCAAGCACCUGGCCCAACUGAAGCAGCUCCGUGUCCUCAAAGUUGAUGGCAAUCAUCGGAUCUCUGAUGAUAGUAUGAGAAUGGUUGGAAAGCUGUGCCCAGAUUUGCAGCAUAUCUACCUUACAGACUGCCAGCGACUUACAGACUCUACUCUAAAAUCCUUUGCUAACUGCCGCAGUCUUACUGUUCUUAACAUUGCAGACUGUGUCAGAAUUAGUGAUGCAGGAGUGCGUCAUCUGACAGAAGGUGUGUGCACUGCCAAGUUGCGAGAACUGAAUCUCACAAACUGUGUUCGCGUGGGUGAUUUGGCGAUGGUCAAUCUUCACAAAAGGUGCCACAGCCUUACUUAUUUGUGUGUCAACUACUGUGAGCACAUCAGCGAAGCUGGUAUUGAGCUGCUUGGACUGACUCACAGUCUCGUCUCCUUAGACAUAACAGGCUGUAAUUGUGGUGAUCAAGGAUUGUCUGCCCUUGGAAACAACUCUCGGCUAAGAGAUGUGUGCUUGUCAGAGUGUACUAACAUCACAGACCUUGGUUUGCAAAAGUUUGCACAGCAGUGCAGUGACAUUCAGAGGCUGGAUCUCUCCCACUGCAAGCAACUGACAGAUGGGGCCAUCAAGAACCUGGCUUUCUGCUGCAGAAUGUUGAUGGUUCUCAAUUUAGCUGGAUGUAAACUGGUGACAGACUUGGGUAUACAGUAUUUAUCAGGUGUGUGUCACCACCUGAUGCAGCUGGACGUCAGCGGUUGUAUCCUCAUCAGUGACAAAGCAUUAAAGUAUCUGAGGAAAGGCUGCAAAAAGCUGCGCUCCCUAACAAUGCUGUAUUGUAAAGGCAUCAGCAAGCAUGCUGCUCAGAAAAUAUCACGCCAUAUUCAGACCGUUGACUACAAUUAUGAUGAUGUUCCAGCUUUUUAUGGCUACUGAGCAGACGUGUACAGGUGGAUUUCUGUCUCCCAAGACCAACGCUUAGCCUCUUGCGAAGUUCUCUGCUCUUAGUCUCAGCAAGCCUAAACAAUGAAUGUGACUAAACCGGAAGCUUUGUACACACCUGCCUCGUUUUAGCAGUUAAUCUGAAAUGCCACUAAAUGAUGAUGAUGAUGAUGUAGUUUUGUAACGCGCUAGUAUUCCUAUCACAGAGAUACGCUCAAUGCGCGGGGAACCCAGCAGCCACCAAACUGCAGGGCAAAUGAACAACUUCAAAUAAUGUUAAACAAGUGAGUCUUAAGAUUUUUCCGAAAAGAUGCAAUACUAUCAGACUCCGUAGUCGAGAGGGAAAGCGAGUUCCACAGAAGCGGGGCUACAUUAGAGAAGGAUCUGAAACCCACAGUCUUCUUGUUGGUAUUCCCUGACUGAACACUCGGUCGUCGAAGUCUGAAUUGGGCUGCUGAACGAAGAUUCCGCUGAGGUUGGUGACGGUGAGUGAGUUCUUGGAGAUAUGCAGGCACACCUGCCUCUUUUUAGUAGUUAACUGAAAAAAUUGUCUACCAGCAGUCCAAUAAUACAAAUUCAUGCUACUGAGUUGUUGUGAUUUCUAGCAUGGUGUGAUUUAUGAAAUGUUAAGACACAUCACUGCAAGACUGAUGUAUAAUGUUCAAGGAAAGGAAAGUGUCAGCUGAUGCAUUUAAACUGUGAUUAAACUUCAGCCAUUAUUUUGCUGAUAUUUGAUUUAAAGCUUAUAAUGUCAACAGUGCUGUUGUACAUGAUCAUUGGUUCUGUCUUAUUUGUAAAUUUCUGUGGUGUCCAAAGAAAUAUGUAAAACCUUGUGGGUUUUGCUUUAAUGCAUAGCAAUUUACAUUAUAAGUUGGUUUGAACAAGUUUGUGCAUGGAUGAGAGAGAGAGAAAUUGUGUUUGUGUGUUUUAUAUCUAUAGUGUGUGUUUGUCUUUGUGUGGUAACAAAUUUGUUAAGAAAAUACUGUCUCUAAAACAUGCUGGCACAUUAUGGGUUCUAUUCAUUUUUCAUGAAACGCUCUGACAUUAUGUAACUGCAUGGAAGGCAAGUGCAUGUAAAUUACCAAACAAAUCUGUAAACAAUUAUAUUUGUUACUGUUUUCACUUAAAUAAAAUAUUCUUUAUGGUAAUAAAAACCACUACAUUCUA